GGUGCCGUCGUGGGGGGGGGUUCCACGUCCUCCUCUCCACUUCUUGGAAUCAGUGACCGCGCUGGCCUGGCCGCCGGGCUGAAGCCCUCCGAGACCCAAGAGACCAGUUCGAGUUUCCUCCGAGAAAAUAAAGCGCCCAAGCAUGGAGGGGAGGGACUCCCCCGUCCUUGGGAUCGGCCAGAAUGUUAUGGAACAGUUCAAUCCUGGGCUACGAAAUUUAAUAAACCUAGGAAAAAAUUAUGAAAAAGCCGUUAAUGCUAUGAUCCUGGCAGGAAAAGCCUACUACGAUGGAGUGGCCAAGAUUGGUGAGAUUGCCACCGGGUCCCCCGUGUCGACUGAGCUAGGCCAUGUUCUCAUAGAAAUUUCCAGUACUCACAAGAAACUCAAUGAGAGUCUUGAGGAAAACUUCAAAAAAUUUCAUAAAGAGAUUAUACAUGAGCUAGAGAAGAAGACGGAACUUGAUGUAAAAUAUAUGAAUGCAACUCUAAAAAGAUACCAAACAGAACACAAGAAUAAAUUAGACUCUCUGGAGAAAUCUCAAGCUGAGUUGAAGAAGAUCAAAAGGAAAAGUCAAGGAGGACGAAAUGCACUAAAAUAUGAACACAAGGAAAUUGAGUAUGUAGAGACUGUCACUUCUCGUCAGAGUGAAAUCCAGAAAUUCAUUGCAGAUGGUUGCAAAGAAGCUCUACUUGAAGAAAAAAGACGCUUCUGCUUUCUGGUUGACAAACACUGCAGCUUUGCAAAUCACAUACAUUAUUAUCACCUACAGUCUGCAGAAUUACUUAAUUCCAAACUGCCUCGGUGGCAGGAAACCUGUUGUGAUGUCACCAAAGUACCAGAGAAAAUCAUGAAUAUGAUUGAAGAAAUAAAGACUCCAGUCUCUACUCCAGUGUCUGGAACGCCUCAGCCAUCACCCAUGAUUGAGAGAAGCAGCAUGGUUGGGAAAGAGUAUGACACCCUUUCAAAAUACUCACCAAAGAUGCCCCCAGCUCCUUCAGGCAGAGCAUAUACCAGUCCUUUGAUCGAUAUGUUUAAUAACCCAGCAACAGUUACCCAGAAUCCAGAAAGGAUAAAUAAUUCAACAGAUAAUUCUGAAGAUCCCAGUUUACAGCGAUCAGUGUCGGUUGCAACUGGACUGAACCUGAUGAAAAAGCAGAAAGUAAAGACCAUCUUCCCACAUACCGCGGGCACCAACAAGACUUUGCUCAGCUUUGCACAGGGAGACAGCAUCACACUGCUCAUCCCUGAGGAGAAGGACGGCUGGCUCUACGGAGAACAUGACACCUCCAAGGCGAGGGGUUGGUUCCCAUCGUCAUAUACAAAGUUGCUAGAAGAAAAUGCAAAGGAAACCAUGACUAUGCCCACGCCCAGCCCUGCGCCGGUGAGAAGCAUCAGCACUGUGAACUUGUCUGAGAAGAGCAGCAUGGUCAUCCCACCACCUGAUUACUUGGAGUGCUUGUCUGUGGGAACCGCAGUAGACAAGAGAGUUGAUGUUGCCAGAAAUACAUCUACAUUUAAAGCACCAGCACCCAAACCAGAAACCACAUCUCCUAGUGAUGCCAAUGGGACUGCAAAGCCGCCUUUCCUCAGCGGAGAAAACCCUUUUGCUACUGUGAAACUCCGACCGACAGUGACAAAUGAUCGAUCAGCACCAAUCAUUCGAUGAGAAGACAGCCAAGAAUUCUCCUGGUUCCUCUCACACUAAGUUCUCACUGGCACAAUGAUAGGUUACACCGUUUGAUAUGUGCUGUGACUGCUGUACGGCUUCACCAGAAGGUGCCUGAUUUUAAAUGUAUCCUGCUCCAGCAAAUCAACGCAUUUUCUCAAUUUAACAGUUGGGUUUACACAUUUCUGUCUUCAAGAUAAAUAAAUAAUAGUUUAGUGAGCGACUCAUUUAAAAUAUGUUCUUCCUAUUCUGUCCAAAAAACAGUAAAUUUGGUUCCAGUCUUUAUCUUUUAUUCUAUGAAUUUUUUUCUGAAUAAAAGCCAGGGAUAGUC